GAUGCCAUGUCACCCAGGUAAAUGCUAACAUCUCUGCCAGCCUAAUUUUUAUUUAAUUCAAAUUCAUCUGCUGAUAUCAAGCUGAUAUCAAAGUUUUUACUACAAAUUCAUAGUGUGCAGAACACUACUGUGUGUGUCCUCGGGUGAUGGAAUAUGUGCAAAAAUCAAGUCCUACAGGAGUUCCAUACCAGUGAUCUGUGCCCUUUUGAACUGGAAUACAGUCAUGACGCCAGCUGAAUCCCGAUCUUUUCUCCUCCUCCUCCUCCUCCUUGUCCUCCUCACCUUCCUCUCAUCCCUAUUUUAUUACAGCUUGUUGGACCAGAAGCUUUUUCUGCAGAAAUAUUAUCCAGAUGUUCCUCAAAGAAACAUCAGCAUCCUGCUGUGGCACUGGCCAUUUGGCCGCUCCUACAGGCUUGAUGGAGACAAAUGCCUCGAAAUGUACAACAUCAGGCGCUGUUUCCUCACUGAUGACACGUCUGCCUUCUCCACUGCUGAUGUGGUUGUUUUCCAUCAUCAGGAGCUGAGUAGAGGACUGUCGCCACUGCCCUUGCACCUGGAUCGCCCGGCCUCCCAGCACUGGGUGUGGAUGUCCAUAGAGCCUCCUGUCAACAAUGCAAACCUCACACAGCUCAAUGGCCUCUUCAACUGGACAAUGAGCUACAGACGUGAUGCAGACAUAUCCAUCCCUUAUGGAAAGACCAUUCUAGGAGGUGAUGAGCUAGGCUUCCAGGCUUCUCCAAAUCGCUCCUGCCUUGUGAGCUGGGUGGUCAGCAGAUACCAGCCUCAUCAGGCUCGGGCUCGUGUUUACCAAAGUCUAAAGAGGUAUAUCCCCAUAGAGGUGUAUGGCAGGUUGAACAACAAACCUCUGUCAGAGAAGAAGCUGUUGCCCACCAUUGCAAACUGUCAAUUUUACCUGUCUUUUGAGAACUCCGAGGCGAAGGACUACAUCAGUGAGAAGCUCUGGAGGAACGCUUUCAAAUCAGGGGCCAUACCGGUGGUUCUUGGCCCCAGCAGGGCCACCUAUGAGGCCCUGGCUCCCCCCGGUUCCUUCAUCCAUGUGGCUGAUUUCAAGAGCACAGCAGAUCUGGCUGCCUAUAUGAAGCAUGUGGCUACAGACAGGCAGGCCUAUGAGGCGUACUUCCAGUGGCACCGCACUCACAGAAUAAAAACCUACACUGACUGGAGAGAAAGGCUGUGUCAAAUCUGUGUCAACUACCCCAGUUUACCAGUCAGUAGAGUCUACCAGGACCUGGAGAGCUGGGUUAACAGCUAAGAUUUUAUCAGGUGACUAAAGUGUUUUGAUUGGGACUGCCGAUACUGCUGGGUUACCACAUGCAAAUGUGAAAUCCAUGUGACAAUUUCAUGUAUUAGUAUGUGUGCCAUGCAAUUUUGGGAAACGACGAACUGCACACAACAUUAACAUAUCACAAGUGGUUGGUUGGGUUGGCAUUGCAAUGUACGAAAAGAGCGGAAGUGGGAACUUCUGCUAAACCAUAAAUAAGCAUGUUCUUUUUGCUCCAACCACGAAGUAAAGUUUCUCCUUACAACAAGCUACUGAUUACUGUAUAAAGUGAGGGGUAUAUCAUUAUUCAUCGCCUGAAAUGUCUGCUCAACAAAAAACAACAAAGACAGACAUUUUGCUGUCUGCUCAGGUCCUCAGUUUGCCUCAAAUAAGUACAUGUUAAACCAUCUCCUAUUUGAUCGUUAGGGUUUGGUUAAGUUUAGGCAACUGAAACUACUUGGUUAAGCAAAAGUAACUUUAAUUGGUAGAAAAAAAUAAUAAUUGUAAGAAUAACUUUAUUUGUAAAGCACUCAAUAUAGUUAUAAAGUGCAUGAGAGAAAGUAAUUAUACAUUAAAUUAUAUAGUAAAAAGUAAAACUAGAUAAAUGACAUAGAAUAAUAUAAUUUUGUUCAGAUUGUGAACAGUCAUUUAUUCAAUGUUUAGAUGCCAUGACAAUAAAUGCACAGUUACCUUUGGUUACAAAUCGACUUAGGAAUUGCAAAAAGAGCUUCCUCUGCUGAUAUAAGUGUGUAACCUUGUACAUAUAGGCUUAGCAGGUCAGAGAUACAACUGGGAGCUAAACCCUUUAACCCUUUUUAAGUGAUUAACAGAAGUUUGAACUGUAUUGUGGAAGCAAUGGGAAGAUAGUAAAGGAGAACUAAAAUUGGGGUAAAUGUUCUCCAUCACAGUUCAAGUUAAAAGCUGAGCAGCUACAUUUAGGACCAACUGUGGGCAGUUUAAUUCUUUUUAACUUUGUACGAAAAUGGACCAAAAUCUCCUGUGUCAAAGACAAGCAUUUUGUACACCUAACCAUUCUCCCUAAAGGGCUCUGUAUACUUUUGCUAUGAGAGGAGGUCAAGUGGGUGGUGGUGGAGGACAUGUAGACAUUCUAAAACCUCCCCAGUUGUGCCUCAAAAAUGAAGAAAAACAUUUCACAAAGGAGAAGGUAAUUCACACUGAUUAUGUGUUUAUCAGACCCUGAAGAAGACCUAGAGUCAGUACACCUUGGUCUGUUUGUU